AUGGUGGUGCUUGGCCAAAAGCCUAUUCCACUUGCCGUUUUUGCACCGCAAACGCAAGCUGAAUAUGAUGUCCAUGAUACAGACAUCGGUGGAGAAAGCCAUGAUUCCGAUGUUGAUGCCCGUGUUGGGGAUGUUGAACAGCUUCUUCAGGGAAUUCGAUUAGCUGUUCAGGAUAUUAACGGCAGGUCUGAUCUUCUGCCUGGCCAUCAAUUAAAAUUAUUAACUAAAGACACGAAAUGUAACAUUGGCUAUGCUACCAAAGAACUCUUUGAAAUAGUACAACCCAACGAACAGCCAUGUUUUAUGCUAAUUGGUGCCGACUGCGAUAAAGUUACUCAACAAAUUGCCACCGUAUCCAAAUUUUGGAAUCUGUUAACAGUUUCUUAUGGCUCUACUACGCCAUCACUGUCCAAUCGCCUUCAUUACAAUUACUUCUUUCGGACUAUACCUACCGAUUCAUUAUACUACAGAGCCUAUCUGGCUAUUCUGCGGCAAUUCAACUGGACAAGAGUUAGUAUUUUACAAGAACAGUAUGAUCAAACUGUUGCCGAUCGCUUUCGAUAUACAUUAACGACAAACAAUAUUCAUGUACAAGAUUUCGUUACUUUCGGUAAAGAUGCUGAUGCAAGUUUCCAACAAUUAAAAAUUUACCGAUAUGGUUUAUAUGGGAAAAAUUACGCUUGGCUAUUUACACCGCAUAAAUAUAUUAUACAUAAAUCUGAAGAGCGAACUCCUCAUAAUUGUACAGAUUCGCAGUUAUCUAAGGCAAUGGAAGGAGUUAUCGUCCUAGAAUAUCACCCCGUUAGUCCUUUCGAUACGCUUACCAUUACAGGAACGAAAGUUUCUCAGCUGUCUAAACGCGUGCUCGAUGUAACCAAGGCCGAGAAUCUCCAAAAUCGCAUUCCUUAUGGCUAUGAUAGUAUCUGGGCAGCAGCACUAGCAUUGAAUACAACUCGCCAAUUUUAUAUGAAAAAUAAUGGAGAAGAUAUUUUGCAAACAUUUAAUUACAAUCGUCAAGAUAUUCGUCGAAAAUUGAUGGAAUAUAUGCAAACAAUUUCCUUUACCGGAUUAUCGGGUCCUGUAGGAUUUACUAACGAUGGCGAUCGUAAAGGCUUAGUUAUGAUAGGACAAAUGCAGAAUAAUAAAAGUGUUAUUGUUGGCUACUAUAAUGAUAUGGAGAAUCAAAUUACCACCAAUGGCUAUACUCCAUUUAAAUGGCAAGGAGGGAAACCACCUGCAGAUAAACCAGCCCAAAUUACUAGAAAAAGAAUGGUAGGAUUUAAUCUCUAUUUUGGCACGUGUCUUGCAGCAGGGUCUGCAGCUGGUAUCACUUUAUUUUUCUUACUAGUUAAUACAAUCUUUCAGAAUCAUAGGUACAUUAGAUUAACAAAUCCUGGAAUCAAUAAUGUUUUACUCUUUGGUAUUCUCAUCAGUUAUGCUACCAUUCCCCUAUUGGAAAUUAAUUACUUUGGCGAUAGAUCCAGUAAUUUUCUCAAUAUGCUGUGCUUGUUACGAUAUUGGGUCUUGUUGAUGGGUGCAAUAAUACCCUACUCUGUUAUGGUAGCUAAAAUGUGGCGAACCUAUGCAGUGGUAACUAAUAUUGUUCGAGCUGGAAAGGACACGUACGAAGUUGCCAUGGCGAUAGUGAUGACUGUUAUUAUAGCUAUUCCUGCAGCUAUACUGCUGCUAUGGAAUAUCGUAGAUCCCGUUCAUAUACAAGACAGAAUAGGAAAAAUUAGGGAUGACGAUGGUAAUGAAAUACUUUCACAUCGCUUGGCUUGUAGCUGCCAGUCUUAUCAAUACUUUUUGGGAUCGAUUUACGGCUAUUUUACUUUAUUAGUUUUAUGUGGGCUAUAUUUAGCCAAAGAGACCCAUCAAAUAUCCUCAGUUAUCUUAACUGAUGCUAAAUGGAUUAGCAUUAGUGCUGUCAAUUAUGCAUUAUACGUUGCUGCAGCACCAAUUGGAUUUUUUGCUGGCCUAAACAGUCCUGAUGUCAAUUUUGCCAUCUUGAGUUUAGCCAUUAUUUAUGUUUCCACCAGUGCUGUCUUAAUUAUUUUUGUUCCUGCUAUGAUUGCAGUUUGCAAAUAUCGAUCAUUAACCAUCACCGAAGUUGCUGGAUUUGCCAAUAGCGAUCGAUCUGAAGCGAAUAAAAUUAUAUCACUUGGCAUUGAGAAUAUUAGCUUACAGCAACGUCUGAAUGCGCAAGACGCUGAGAUCGAUAAAUUAAAAACUAAAAUCUUACAAACAAGAAAAUCAAGAGGAGAGGAGAGUAAAUUUUAUAUACCUAAAAAGCACUAUUGUAAAAUAUCAUCAAUAACAUUAGGUGGAACGCAAACCUCGGUCAUUAAUUCAUAUCAAAAUAGUCAAGAAGGUCCAUCAUUAUCCUCUUCUACUGUUAAAGAGGAAUCUAGUCAUCAACAAUCCACCGAUCAGCCUAUAGCUGAAGCUCAAACUGUACUCACUGCAAAUAAUGAUCAAAACCAAGAAGGUGAAAGCAUUGAGAUGAAAGAUCUUUUCUCGCAACCAACACAAGAAGUUGUUGCUGUUAUUGAAUCCAAUAGCUUUUCUAGACAUAGUGAAAGUAAUAUUUCGUUUUCAGAAGAAGUUGCACCGGUAAUACUGCGGGUCAGCGAUGAUGAAAAAGAACCCUCAGUGCCAGAUAGGUAUAGCUUACUAAGGAAUGAAGACCUACUAAAUAAAAUUAUAGUCAUCGAUUCCAAAGAUGGCAAUGAUGAUGUACAAGAAGAGACAGAUGAAGAAGCCCAAAUGACAACCGAUAAUGAACAAACUACUUCACAUGAUGGCAAUUUUACAGAUGACGAUGAUUGUUUUGAUCAUAUAAGAAGUAACAAUUCAGAACAAGUAUUUGAUGAGGAAGAGCAAAAGGUUGCUGUAGAAGAUAAGAAAGAACUAUCUAAUACUAAUCCAAGCGACCAGCAGCAAUUAUCUGAUACUACUGCAAAUAAUCUGCAGCAAUCAUCAGAGGCUAAUCCGAGUGAUCAGGAGGCAUCAUCUUAUACUCGAUCAAAUGAUCAGCAGCAGCCUGUAAAUGGUAGAACAAGGACAUUAUCUUAUAUUAAUGAAGAUGGAUUUAUUACGUCUGAUGUUUAA